GUGCGAAAAUAAAUGCAAGGAGAAGGCUCCCAUGCACCGACAACUUGGCUCGACAGGACUAAGGCAGACUUGACCUCUAGCGACGAGUGGAACGUGUUGAUGAAUGCUGUCUACGUACAAGUUCAAGGCAGGUUGAAACUAAGCAAAACAAAGCAUUUUGGUGACCUCACCACAGACGAGCGCGUAAUGUUGAUGGCGCAGGUGGAGAUCGAGCUGAUGCAGCACGAUGCAUACGGAGCCUUCCUGAAGAGAUUGACGCGGACCAUGGAUAACCAACUAGCGAUGCACGUUGACAUUGCAUUUGCACAAGAAGGAAACGCAGCUACCAAGCAAACUCUGGCCUUGCAAUCGGCAGCCCAAGCCGCGAGUUUACUUGUCCAGGGCCUUCCAGCUGAGCAGCGCAGUAUGCUCCGCCUGCUGUUCAACCAUCCGUUUCCACCACCCUUUCGACCUCAGGCGUGGAAGUUGUUUUUGAGCGACCCCACCACACGAUUCAAGUUCGAGUCCAAGUGUGUGACCAAUCGCAUCGGCACCAUUUCUGUGCUGGAUGCCCAGUUUACCGUGAAGUGUCAAGCAGUCCUGGACGCGUUUCCAAGCGUUCCCCCGUCGCGAAAUAUCCACAUGGCCAUGAAAACAGCCCUCUCGUACAUCCACACCAUCACCCCCCAAGCAUUUAGUACCUUGGGGGAAGCGUACUUUUCGCUAGUGCUUCCCCUGCUGUUGGUAUGGCCUGAUGCCGACGCCAGCUCUCUCGUCGAAGCGUACGCAACCCUGCUGGCCAUAGUUCCCCGUCCGCAUUUUGUGGACAAAGCAUUUGUGUCUCGCGUCGUUGAUCGUCUAAACACAGUCGAUGCAUCGUACGCUACCUCCCUUGUGACCCUCUUUCCGUCAGAGACAACCCCCACGGCAUCGUGGACGGAGCUACUUGAAGCAUAUAUCGAGCGACUGUUUGUGGGCUAUACGUCGCCCGACACGCUGCUCUUUAUAUGGGACCAAUUGCUUCUCGUCGGGCAUGGCCGGAUGCUACCUGAGCUCUGCGCUGCCUUCUUGAGCAUUUUGCAACCACAAUGGGUUCUAAGCACAUCGUUCGCCGCCGCGGUGGCCACCAUCACAUCGCUGGCUCCCACGGUUCAAGUGUGGCAGAUUCAAGAAUGGAUCGACCAGUACGCGUCUGCAAGCAUCCGCCAGGACUUGCAACUGGAAUCUCUCUCCACGGACUUUCAUACCAAUUACUCGAAUGAGCCAACAUCCAUUGUGAUUCCACCGCAAACUCCCCCUAAAGCCCCCGACAUGAUGACAUUAACCCCCAGAACCGACCAAUCAGUCGCCCCCGUCAGCGCCCGGCUUGCCCUACUUUCCCCAACCUCCAGUCCGCGUCACGUCGCACCACUGUUGGAACCCCUCGUCGUUGAAAAUGCAUUCAAUCCGCUCGUCAACGAGUUGCACUCAUCGUUGACCGCUUUGUUUAUUGGCUCCCCCGAAGAUGGGGUUCAUAUUCAGCACCAACGGGACGCCCUCGAGACGGCAGCCGCGGCCGCCGCCAAUGGUUUUGCACGACAUGUCGACACGUUUCGAGAGUCCAUAGCAUCCGCCUUCCUAGACAACGCCCCACAGAUCAACGUCACCGCGUCCGCGGAAGAAGCGUUCCAAGCUGAUUUGGUGCUUCAAUCUCAAAAAGCAGUGUUUGGCCGCACAUACACUUCAAACGAAGUGCGGGGACUUACAGGCAAAGCUAAGGCUGCUUACGACAAGAAGUACCCCAAGUACAUGUCGACGUAUACUCAAAAGCUCGCCAAAGCUCGAAAAUGAUUUAUCAUCGUUGCAUAUGUUAUGCGUCGUUGAGGGAGCUGUCGACAGACGACAACCGCCGCAGUGCUGGCGCGGGAACCGCCGAUGCUUUUUUCUUUCCCGGUGGUUCUACACUCAUGUGAAGAAGUAUCGUAAAUAUAUAUAUAUAAACCAUCAACGUACUGGCGGGGG